CCUUUAAUUGGCAUGUACCAAGUCCUUCCAGGAUACAUUACCUCCCUGAGUCCCAGACGUUAGGAAUCACGGGUCGGUGAUGCGGUAGGAGGGAAUGUGGGGACAGUGUUGUAUUUUGGGGGCGCUCUGGGCCGACAGGGAGCUGGAAGCGGCCCCGGGCCGAGGCGCGCCCUUGCGGCCCUCCCCACCGCGCGUCGUAGUCCAGUCCCAAGAUGGCGGCCACCAUGAAGAAGGCGGCUGCAGAAGACGUCAACGUUACUUUUGAAGAUCAACAAAAGAUAAACAAAUUUGCACGGAAUACGAGUAGAAUCACAGAGCUGAAGGAGGAAAUAGAAGUAAAGAAGAAACAACUCCAAAAUUUAGAAGAUGCCUGUGAGGACAUCAUGCUUGCGGAUGAUGAUUGCUUAAUGAUACCCUAUCAAAUUGGUGAUGUUUUCAUUAGCCAUUCUCAAGAAGAAACACAGGAAAUGUUAGAAGAAGCGAAGAAAAAUUUGCAAGAAGAAAUUGACGCCCUAGAAGCCAGAGUGGAAUCAAUUCAGCGGGUGUUAGCAGAUUUGAAAGUUCAGUUAUAUGCAAAAUUCGGGAGCAACAUAAACCUCGAAGCUGAUGACAGUUAAACAUUUUAUAAUACUUUUUUUAAUUUGUUUAAUAAACUUGAAUAUUGUUUAAAAUGAUAAUUUCCCUUCUUCAAAUGAUAUGGAAAGCAAAAUUUUCUUUUUUUAAAAUUUUCAUUUAUUUAAUGGAAACUUGCCUAUUUUCACAUGUCUUGCUUAUUUAUUUUAUAUUUUUAAAAGAAGACAGUAUUCAUCUAUGUAUUUUGCAUAACGAUUCUAUCAAGUGUAGGGGCUUUAUGUCAUGUUAUUAAAAUUGGUUGAGCAACCUUU